AUGAGUAGUUCAGAAAUACAAUCAGAUUCUGAAGAUCUAAUUUAAGGUUAAAAAGAUUUCGAUUUCUAUGCUGAUCUCUUAAAUCCUGCUGAAAAAUUAAGAAAAAGAAUUCAAUAAUCAACAUAAAAACAAAUUACUAAAUUAGUCAAAUCAGCUAAAAAAAAUGAAAAGUAAUAAAAGAAAACUAAACAAAUAAUUUAAAAGAUUAAAAAUGAAGAUUUAUAAGAAAAUAAUUAACCAUAAUAUGAUCCAAAAAUAUUUGCUACUAAUACUGAUUUCCAAUAAUUAAAACUUAAUAAAUCAUUGAUUAAAGCUUGUCAUGAAUAAGGAUACAAAUAUCCUACUCAAAUUUAAGCAUAAAUUAUUCCAUUAGUUUUAGCAGGUAAAGAUGUUUUAGCAAGUUCUUGUACAGGUUCUGGAAAAACUGCAGCAUUUUUAUUACCAUUAAUGUAAAGAUUUGGAAACACUAAAAGUUAAAAAUAUUCAAAAGCUUUAAUUGUAUUGCCUACAAGAGAAUUAGCAUUAUAAUGUUAUGAAAUGUUUUAAAAAUUAAAUUAAUUUUCAAAUUCUACUGCUGCCCUUGUAAUUGGAGCUGUUCCUAUUUAAUAAUAAGAAGCAGAAUUAAGAAGAUAUCCUGACAUAAUUAUUGCUACUCCAGGAAGAAUAGUUGAUUUAAUGAAAAAUUCAUUUAGUAUUGAUUUAUCAAGGUAAUUGAUUAUCACAUUAUAUUAAAUAGUAUAGAAGUACUUGUUUUAGAUGAAGCUGAUAGAUUAAUGGAAAUGGGAUUUGAAGCAGAAAUUAAAGAAAUAUUAUAAUAAACACCUAGAGAUAGAUAAACUGUUUUAGUAAGUGCUACAUUGAAAGCUACUGUUAAAUAACUUUCAUUAUUGGCUCUACAUAAACCAGUUAAAGUUAGUGUUGAUUAUGUUGAUGGUUUAGCUUAUGGUUUAAAGUAAUAUAUACUUAGAAUAGAUUCUGAUGAUGAAAAAGAUAGAGAAGCUACGUAAAUUAAUAUAUAUAAAUUAAAUUAGACUUCUUGCUUUAUUGUAAAAGAAAUUUACUGAAAAAACUAUUAUAUUUGUUAGAACUAAACAUGAUUGUCAUAGAUUAUAAAUUCUUUUAGGUUUAAAAGAUUUAAGUUGUUGUGAAUUACAUGGAAAUUUAACAUAAUAAUAAAGAAUUUAAGCUUAUGAAGAUUUUAAAGUAUUUUAUUAAAUUUUAUUAUAUUUAAGGAAGGAAAAUACUAGUAUUUAUUAGCUACUGAUCUUGCUGCAAGAGGAUUAGAUAUUGCUAAUGUUAAAGCUGUUAUUAAUUAUGAAAUUCCUUAUGAAACAUCAAGAUAUAUUCAUAGAGUUGGUAGAACUGCUAGAAUUGGAAAUCAAGGUGUUUCUGUGACAAUCUGUUUAAAAAGAGAAGUUUCUUAAUUUAAAUAAAUGAUUAAAGAAUCUAAAUAAAAGUUAUUUAAAUUAAAUUUCAAUCUAGAAUCUAUUAAUGAAAUUAAAUAAGAACUUAAAUAAUUAGAAUCUAAAAUUAAAAAGAUUAUUAAAGAAGAAGUAUUUGAAAAAGAAAUUCAUUAAACUGAAAUUUUAGCAUAAAGAGCAUAAAAUCUAAUAUAACAUAGAGUUGAAAUUAUGAGGAAACCUAAAAAAGAAUGGAUUUAAUCAGCAUAAUAAAAGAAACUAAGAAAUCAAAUAUAAGAGGAAGAUAAUUGA